UAAUAUUUCGGCUGAAUGGACGAAAAAUUUUAGUAAAAAAAAGUGAAAAUGUCUUUUAAUAAUUUAUACUGGAGUUUAAUAUUUCUGAAUCUAAACGGGAUCAUUCACUGUCACCGUUUACAGGUGUUUACUGUUUACGUCGUAGUCUGCUUUUACGUGAAAAUAAACUUUAAAAAUCAUUUGUAAUUAUGAGUGAACCUGUAGUUUAUUUAACACGAACUGAAUCUUUCAGCGCUGCUCACAGACUUCAUAGUUCCCAAUUAGAUGACCAUUCUAAUAAGCGCAUUUUUGGAAAAUGUAAUAACGUCAACGGACAUGGUCACAACUACAAAGUUGAGGUAACUGUUAAAGGAAAGGUUGACAAAUGCACUGGAAUGGUAAUGAAUAUUUCUGAUUUAAAGAAAAUUAUGCAGGAUACAAUAUUAGAUGUUCUGGAUCAUAAGAACUUAGAUCAAGAUGUUCCAUUCUUCAAAGAUACAGUGAGCACUACUGAAAAUCUCUGUGUGUUCAUCUGGAAAGAAUUAUCGCAUCAUCUUCCAUCCGGAGUUCUCCAUUGUGUUAAAAUACACGAAACAGACAAAAAUGUUGUAACAUUCCACGGGGAAUAUGUGUAAUUAAGAAAUAGUAAAAAAAAUAAAUAAAUGAAAAUAAAAAUGA